CUUUGGCUGGAGUGGGAAUCAGCUGUUAUCAGGCUAGCUAGUCGUCUCAAAUCUGAGCAUUAUACAUUUCUGUGUACGGUAAACGACCAUACCUGGAACAUUUGCUGAUGUGAAGGAAUUCGGCAUAUUAUCUGACUGCAAUGCAUCGCAAGAAUAGCUAAAUCAAGUGGACCGGCAUAAGUAGCCAGUUCGCUGAAGCCUGGAUUAGCGUUAGCCGGGUACAGGGCUAGUUAGCAAUAGCUUGCCAACUAGUUGCUAGCAAACUACGUCUGGUUUAUGAAGACCAGAUUAAUGUUUUUAACGUUGUAUCAGCUGUCUAGCAGCUUCAGCUAGGCUUUUUAAAACCGAGUAACGCGUUGCCAUUAACGGUUAAACCGGCGUCCUAGCGUUGCCAGCCUUUAGAUUAGUUUAGUCGUCAAGCCUGUAUCUGGCCGACGUAUCAAUGCGCUACUCGCCAUGCCUUUGCGCACACGCCCUGAAAAUGAUAGGGAUUCAACUGUUCAGUUUGAAUUGUGUGUUGUAGAUAUGAACCCGGAUAUGUGGCUGCUACUCAUGUAUUUAAAUUUGAAUUUGUCAUUUUGAGACCAGACAUCACUGACAGAGGUUCUGUCUGAUGUUAUAGACGAGUGGACGGUUCUUUCAGAUUUCUGGGGUGUAGUCAGUGGUAGGACUUAAGCUAAUUGUUCAAUCAUGGGGGCUACAGUGUCAUGCUGCAUGUCCCCCGGUGGGAGUCCAAAGCUUGCGAGGAGAGCAGUCGAGCUCGACGACUACCCAAUAACCACCACUGGCGACGACGUAAGCGAGGACACGGGCACCUAUCUGCAGCACAUCAGCGAUAGAGAGGUCCCGGAUGAAUUGGCACAGGAGUCCAACCCAUCCGAUAAUGCCAGAGCCAGCACAAUCUUCCUCAACAAGUCGCAGACUGAUGUGCGGGAGAAAAGGAGAAGUAACUACUUAAGUAAUCAUCAUACGUCUCCUGGGUUAUCUAAAAAGUACAGCUCCUGCUCCACAAUAUUCCUUGAUGAUAGCACGGUCAGCCUGCCCAACCUGAAGAGUACGGUCAAAUGUGUCACGUUGGCUAUAUACUAUCAUAUAAAAAACAGGGAUUCAAACCGUUCUCUGGACAUUUUCGAUGAGAAGAUCCACCCAUUAACGAGAGAGAAGGUUCCAGAAGACUACUACAGCGUGGACCCUGAACACAAGCUCAUCUACCGCUUCGUCCGCACGCUCUUCAGCUCGGCCCAGCUGACUGCUGAGUGUGCCAUCGUCACCCUGGUGUACCUGGAGCGUCUGCUGACCUAUGCAGAGAUGGACAUCUGUCCGUGCAACUGGAAGCGUAUCGUACUGGGCGCCAUCCUGCUGGCGUCCAAGGUGUGGGACGACCAGGCCGUGUGGAACGUAGACUACUGCCAGAUCCUCAAGGACAUCACCGUGGAGGACAUGAACGAGAUGGAGAGGCACUUCCUGGAGCUGCUUCAGUUCAACAUCAACGUGCCGGCCAGCGUCUACGCCAAGUACUACUUUGACCUGCGCUCCCUGGCCGACGACAACAACCUCAACUUCCCCCUGGAGCCACUUGACAACCAGCGAGCCACUAAACUGGAGGCUAUCUCCAGACUGUGUGAGGACAGAUACAAGGAUCUGGGCAAGGUGACCAUAAGGAGGUCCCUCAGCGCAGACAAUCUGGUGGGUGUCCGAACCACCCACGCUGUGCUGUCGUAAAGCUGGACCUGCUACACACACAGGACAGGCGGAGGAUGAGGAUGCACUGAAGGCCUUCCUAAACUAGACUCACUGGCACCAUCGACACACAGCGGGUCCCAAAUCACCCCCACCCCCAGAUCUGUAUGGUGGCAGCUCCACCACUGAUACCUACUCAUACACCCCAGAUCUGUAUGGUGGCAGCUCCACCACUGAUACCUACUCAUACACCCCAGAUCUGUAUGGUGGCAGCUCCACCACUGAUACCUACUCAUACACUCCAGAUCUGUAUGGUGGCAGCUCCACCACUGAUACCUACUCAUACACUCCAGAUCUGUAUGGUGGCAGCUCCACCACUGACACCUACUCAUACACUCCAGAUCUGUAUGGUGGCAGCUCCACCACUGAUACCUACUCAUACACUCCAGAUCUGUAUGGUGGCAGCUGCACCACUGAUACCUACUCAUACACUCCAGAUCUGUAUGGUGGCAGCUCCACCACUGAUACCUACUCAUACACCCCAGAUCUGUAUGGUGGCAGCUCCACCACUGAUACCUACUCAUACACCCCAGAUCUGUAUGGUGGCAGCUCCACCACUGAUACCUACUCAUACACUCCAGAUCUGUAUGGUGGCAGCUCCACCACUGAUACCUACUCAUACACUCCAGAUCUGUAUGGUGGCAGCUCCACCACUGACACCUACUCAUACACUCCAGAUCUGUAUGGUGGCAGCUCCACCACUGAUACCUACUCAUACACUCCAGAUCUGUAUGGUGGCAGCUGCACCACUGAUACCUACUCAUACACUCCAGAUCUGUAUGGUGGCAGCUCCACCACUGAUACCUACUCAUACACUCCAGAUCUGUAUGGUGGCAGCUGCACCACUGAUACCUACUCAUACACUCCAGAUCUGUAUGGUGGCAGCUGCACCACUGAUACCUACUCAUACACUCCAGAUCUGUAUGGUGGCAGCUGCACCACUGAUACCUACUCAUACACUCCAGAUCUGUAAAAAUCAAAGGGUUAGAGUGACUGACACCACACACUGACCAUGGUGACGAAGCCCCUAACUACCCUGUGGUGUAGUUUGGCACACGGACGGACAGAUAGUGACGUAGAAGGACGGUUUUCUUUGCUUACUGUGUAGGCCCUUUAGCUGUGAAAUGUAUCGGUUUUUAAUUGAACAUAUUUUCAGUUGCUGUUUAUUUCAAAUAAACCGUAAUAAACUAUCAAA